CUCAGUCCUCCCCGAUGGCGUAUCCGCGCCCCGAGACAAGCGUCCCCGUGGGAGCGGGGAGGAACACGGGCCCCUUGCGGCUGCCCGGCCGGUUCCGGCCCGGUAUGCGCUGGGCACGUGGGGGCGUGUUUAGAGCUGGGUGGUAGCGAGGCUGGGGGCGGCGGCGGCGCUACGGCAGCUCCCACCCGACCCGCCCCAGGGUCCGGGACGGCAGGCGAGCAGGACGAUGGCAUCCAUUUCCGAGCGCACUUUCAUUGCCAUCAAGCCUGAUGGAGUCCAGCGGGGACUAGUGGGAGAAAUCAUCAAGAGAUUUGAACAGAAGGGUUUCAAACUAGUGGCCAUGAAAUUCAUGCACGCCUCUGAAGACCUUCUGAAAGAACACUACAUUGAUUUGAAAGAUCGGCCAUUCUAUGCUGGUUUGAUUAAAUAUAUGCACUCUGGACCUGUUGUAGCUAUGAUGUGGGAAGGUCUUAAUGUGGUUAAGACUGGCAGAGUAAUGCUGGGGGAAACUAAUCCAGCAGAUUCCAAACCUGGCACCAUCCGUGGUGACUUCUGUGUUCAAGUUGGCAGGAACAUCAUUCAUGGCAGUGAUUCUGUAGAAAGUGCUGAGACAGAGAUCAACCUGUGGUUCACUCCUGAGGAAUUGGUUGAAUACACAAGCUGUGCUCAUCAGUGGAUCUAAGGGCUAGUCUACACUGGCAACAUUAAAGCGCUGCUGCGGCAGCACUUUAACGCGGCUUGUGUUGUAGCG